CCUCCACACGGACAUGCCUCUCGCAAAGGACCUCUUGCAUCCCUCCCCUGAGGAGGAGAAGCGGAAGCACAAGAAGAAGCGUCUGGUCCAGAGCCCCAACUCCUACUUCAUGGACGUCAAGUGUCCAGGUUGCUACAAGAUCACCAUGGUCUUCAGCCAUGCUCAGACAGUAGUUUUGUGCAUUGGCUGCUCAACUGUGCUCUGCCAAUCCAUGGGCGGGAAGGCUCGGCUGACAGAAGGAUGCUCCUUCUGCAGAAAGCAGCACUAGAUGGAGAAUUGGAUG